AUGACCCGCCAAACUUUUCUGGAAAUCGUGUGUCAGACUUCGGCCAACACCCGGCUGAAGAAUUCGCAAGAAAUUGUCUUCAGCAAGGCUCAGGAUCCACUUGAGAAGUGUUUCAUAACGGGCGCUUACAACCAAGGAGGGAUCACCGGCGUGCGACGUCGCUGCCGAGAGUUCCCAGCCUGCACCCGUCUUCUGGUUGCCCUAGCUAGGCUUGCCUUUCCCGGUUUAAACUUUACAUCAGUUGGCCUUUUCCGGAACAUGCAGACUGCUCUGCACAAAGACGCCAACAACUUGCCGGGAUCUCGUAACGGGAUCUGUGCCCUUAGCUUCUUCGAAGGAGGUCAGUUGCGUCUUCACCGCCCCGAUGGGCCAGUGGACUUAUCACUCAGUGAGGGACCGCUUCAGUUUGACCCCUUUCUCGAGCACGAGACACUGCCGUGGUCUAAUGGGUUUAGGAUAGUUUUGGUUGCAUUCUCGGUCAACCGCCUCGAGCGACUUACGCCGGAACACCGGGCGAUGCUGACUGCGUUUGAUAUUCCGCUGCCGCUUUCUAAGGAACAGCUUGAGCCCGCAUCGCAGUUUUCUCAGGACCAAUCCAAGCCAAUCUCGCAGUGCCCUCAGGACGAUGGUGAGGCAGGCAUGUUCCUUGAAUUGUUCGCCGGCACUGCCCGCUUGAGUCAGGCAUUCACACGCUUGGGUUUCCAAGCCUUGGCUUUUGACAAAGUAUGCAAAUCCAGCCAUCCCGUUCAAGCACUCGAUUUCGCUGAUCGGUCGGAGUGUGAGGUCGUGCUGCAAUUGAUCCAGGACCAUGCCUCUUCCUUGCAGUAUGUGCACAUGGCGCCGCCUCAGGAAACUUGUUUGGCGGCCCGGAACAAGGAAGAGGACCAGCCCAUCUGCAAGGUUUGUGGAUUCAUGAGUGAUUCGACUUUCGAUGAUUUGUGCGAGGUACUUUGGAUAGGCAUUCCCCGUACCCCGUCGGACUUCGUGCAGCAAGCAGUGUUGGCAGGCCACCCUAAAAGGAUACUCGAGGCUCAGAUCGAUGAACGAACCAAGCUCCUUGUGGAUAACCUCUUGAAUGGACGGGCGGCUCACGAGGACCUGGGGAAAUCGCGACUAGCCGAGUGGAGCAAGAUCGCUAAGGAACUUGAGCCUGUGGAGGAACAAGCUCGGAAAUCAUUGGACCCUUUGGUGAGCAAGAUCCUUGGUGGGAAGAGAACCUUCCUACUUGAGCGGUUGCUCGCCGACUCGUCCUUCCCGGACCAAUCCUUAGUCCCCGACCUUAGGAAGGGUUUUCCGCUGACCGGAUGGAUGCCUAGGAAUGCCGCUACGCUGGCCAGGGUAUCCUCUCAGGCGGUCGAUGCUGUCGCUGAGAAGGCUUGGUCCGAAACUCUUGAGGAACAGCAGAAAGGCUGGCUGUUCGAAGACCCGGAUCCGGACCUUUCGUCGAUCCUACUGGUGUCGGGGAAAACUAUUGAUUUAAAAUGGGCGUACAAGCAAUACGCCGUCGAUCCCUCAGACCGAGAAAUCUUCAGAAUCAUCGUGCUUGACACUUGCUCGAGGAAACCCAAAUUCUUCGGAGCGGCAGCGCUCCCCUUCGGAACGACGGGGUCAGUGGCUGGUUUUCUCAGAACAUCUGCAGCCACGUGGCACAUCGGCUCAGCCCUGCUGGGCCUUUCUUGGUGCAACUAUUUCGACGAUUUUCCUCUUUUCAGUUUGGACGAGCAUUGCCCUUGCGCCGAGUCCUGUGCGGAAGCCCUGCUUGACAUCCUUGGAAUAACGUUCGCCAGGGAAGGAAAGAAAGCCACCGAAUUCUCCAAGCAAUGUCGGGCCCUUGGUCUGAUCAUAGAUCUGAGUGAGUUCGGACAAGGAGUCGUGUACAUCAAGCACACGCCCGAGCGUAUUCAGGAAUUGAGGCAGACCCUCACACACAUUCUUGAAUCCGGCUUGCUUGAGUCGUCGGAGGCUGAGGCCCUUCGAGGCAGACUCCACUGGUUCAGUUCUUUCCUUUUCGGCCGCCGGCCUUGCCAAGCCUUGAGAGUGUUAGGUCUUAGGGCUAAAGGUUUAGAUAGGGGUAAGAAGCUGAGCAGUGACCUUCGUGAUGCUCUCACGUACCUGCGUGAUCGAGCUCUGGAGUCGCCACCUGUGCAGCUCACUCCUGAUAUCAAAGAAACCUUUUACGUUUUCACUGACGGAAGCCUCGAAGGAGAUGUAGCCGGCGUGGGCGGCAUCUUGUACGACCCACUCGGUAAACCUCUUUCGUUCUUUGCAGCCAGCCUUCCGAUUGACGCUUUGAACAGACUCAAGGAAACUUCGAGCCACCCAAUCUAUGAGGUGGAGCUGCUGGCCAUCUGGGCCGCCUUGAAGCUGUGGAUGAGCCGACUCACCCGUUGCCUUGUAGUGAUAUACUUGGACAACGAAGCUGCAAAAGGAGCUUUGGUUUCCGGGAAGUCGUCCACUCUUCCUGGUCAGUCCAUAGUGAGUUCGGUCCUUGACUUGGAGGACUCAGCAAGGAUCCGGCCGUGGUAUGGCCGAGUGCCAACCAGCUCUAAUCCAGCAGAUGCCGCGCUGUACGGUCUGCCAGUCAUAACCUUGUUGUCCGCGAAGACACGCAGCUGUGUGGCGGGCUGCCGCAAGCGGCGCCGCGACCACUUGCUCAUCGUCCUGCAGCCCCUGCAGCAGCCUUUCCGCGGCUUGGGGCAGGACGUGGUCUUGGGACAGCAGCGUGGCGAUGCACUUUUGCACGGCUGCGUCGUGGCCUUUGGCAAACUCAUCUGUUACCCCUGGUUUCACCCCAUAUUCCCUUUUCUGAGAUUUCUUUUUCUGGCUGGUGGCUGCAGUUCGAUCUGCCCACUGGGCCCGUGGAACUUUGCUGUAAGACCCCAAUUUGGGGCAGCACCGGAAUUCCCCUGGAGUGGGAUUGGAGCAGAGGUUUUUCAAGUUUGGGAGGAGAGCGCGGGCCGGCAGGUGUUAACCAGCUGGGUCUUGGAAAGGGAGGCUUCAGUUUUCUUUUCUGUGUGCGCAAGGGCGAGCGGCGAGAUGAGUGGAGAGGUGCCUGCUCAGCAGGCUCAGCAGCCUCAGGCUGCCCAUGGGGCCCCGCAGGGCCAGCCGGCUUUGAGCCCGGAGAUGCAACAGCAAGUGGACGCGGUCGUGCGGCAAAGGGUGCAGCAGGCUUUUGGCAAUGCUUUUGGGCAGGUUCUCCAGGCGACGGAGAAGAUGGCGAAGGCAGCAGAGAGCCAAGCUUCGAUUGUGAGAAACGACGGGCUCGCAAAGAUGAUGAAGAUGGACGUCUGGAGGCCAGCCAACAGAGAGGAGGAGCUUAGAACCUGGAAGGACUGGCAGUUUCAGCUGGUCACCUGGCUGACAGCGCACGAUAGCAAGUAUGCCGGCGACCUGGACGACAUCGAGGACGACGUGGUCGAGGACCAUGCUCUGAUGGCGGCCGACAAGGUGCAGCGAUCUCAGCGCCUUUUCGGCGUGCUGGUGUCGCUCUUGAAAGGGCGGCCCUUGCUGCUUGUGAAGGGCUUCGAGAAGGAGCGUGCCGGCUUCGAGGCCAUGCGGGUGCUCAGGCGGGAGAUGGAACCAAAGGAGCGAGCAAGAUCCCUUGCUCUUCUUCGGCAGUUGGCUUCUUGGACCUUCAAGGAGGGCAAUGUUCAUGAGCAGCUUGUGCAGUUUGAGGACGCCGUUGCCAGCUAUGAAAGCUCGAGCGGCAAAAGCUACCCGCCGGACCUCCAGAUUGCCACUGUUGUGGCAAACCUUCGCGAGCCCCUGCGCUCGCAAGUGCAGCUUAGAAUGACAAGCACGACGGAGUACAGCAACCUCCGCGAAUGGAUCCUCCAGUAUGAAAGCGUGAACGCACCAUGGGCAAGCACCUUGCCUAUGAAAGGCGGCAGCCCUGGCUUUGGGGGUGGAGGCGGCGGUGCUCAGCCUAUGGAGGUCGAUGUCGUGAAGGGCAAGGACGGCAAGGGCAAGAAGGGAAAAGAUGGCAAAGGCGACAAAGGAAAGAAGGGCCAGCAGCCGAGCUGGAAAGGACAGCAGCAGCCGUGGAAAGGACAGCAACAGCAGCCAUGGAAGGGACAGCAGCAACAGCCAUGGAAAGGACAGCAGCAGCAGCCAUGGAAAGGACAGCAGCAGCAGCCGAGCUGGAAAGGACAGCAGCAGCAGCCAUGGAAGAGCAACACGUGGGACAAGCAGGCUGCAAAGGGGAAAGGCAAGCAGCAGUGCCACAACUGCGGGCAAUAUGGGCACUGGAAGUGGGAAUGUCCCACGAAAGGAAAGGGCAAAGUGAACCAAGUUGAUGCUGCUGCCACGGCUGUGCCUAGCUCUUCCCAGUCGACGGCAAGUGGCGCAACGCAGCCCUCUACGGCAACCGCGCUUCAGAGGUCUAUGAACUACAACGUGAACCGGAUCGAGGUGAACGACGCGCCGCCCUUCUUCGAGGAUACGACCCACCUCUUUGACAUUAGCGCCAUGGGGGUUUUCCAGAUGGACGCCACAGACCACGACGGCAACUGGACUUUGGAAACCAAUGAGCCCAAUGCGAACUGCGACUUGUAUGCCCAGGUGCCGGGGAAUGUCUUGGCAGUCCAGGCCCAGCCCGUGCAGGUGGAGGUCGUGGUGGAUUCCGGCGCCGAUGUCUCGGUGGCCCCUCUCAGGUUUGCUGGCUGUGGUUCUGAAGGCCCACCGUCUGAGAUCACAAUGCAUGAUGCGCAGGGCCGGCUUAUCCCUGAGAGAGGCACCCGGCUUCUUGAUGUGAAGGUCGAGGACACCGCCGGCAACAUGGUGACGAUCAGGGAGCGGUUCUCCAUAGCGCGCGUGAGCUCCUUGAUUCUCAGCCUCGGUCGGCUUCUUCGUUGGGGCUGGCAGUUGGGCCACGAGAGCGGGAUGCCUGUUAUCUCCAGAGAGGGCACCCGCAUCCCUAUCCGACUGAGGCGGAACACCUUGACUGUGAUGGGGUUUGUCUCCUUGAUUUCUUUGGCCGGCCAAGUGCCUGCCGCCAGUGGCUGUGUGAAUGCCUUGGGUGUCUCAGAUGAUAUGGGGCGGCUGCCUGCCGCAGCAGAGGGGCUGGCCCACCAAGCCGGCUGGCACAUCCUUGGGAGUGGGCUUCCUUUUCUGGUGGUCCACAAGGCCAAGCGGGUCAGCCUUGAAGAGAGCCUGUGGAAUACUGGGGACUGGCCCUGGAUGGCUCUCUUUGUACGACAGGAGCCGGCGGAGCGCCUUCCUAAGGCCGGCGACCUCUGGACCCAGAUGUACGCUAUGGAGACCACUGAGUUUGACAAUUCCCCAAAGGAGCUGGAGGAGCUGAACGCCGACCUGAAGAGUGCCUAUGACUAUGCUAUCCUCCUCCAUGUCGAGCAGCUCCCCACCGACCUCCUGACGAACCCCAGGGACUUCUUCGAGGAGCCACCCAACGAUUAUGGAGGUGGGGUUGUUUUGCCAGCGGAUGAAAGCGGAGGCGGGGUCGGUGAUGAUGGCAUGCAAGGGGGAGUUGGGAUUGGCCGCGACAUGGAAGAGGAAGUUCCAGAUGGAGAGGUUUUGGAAGGAGUGGCGCUCUCAGUGGAAACUCCCCUGAAGGAGCUGAGGGAGCUGUGCAGCCGGCAGGGGCUGCCCACAAGCGGGGGAAAGAACAAAAUCCUCAAGCGCCUCAAGCAGCACCACGAGAUCCUCGAGCACAAGCUUGCCAGCGAGCUUGCACACAAGCUCUUCCUUGAGGAGGCCAGGCCACCCGAUGUUCCUCGAGCACCCCGGCUUCCAAGUGCACGGCAGCAGGAGCUCCACAACGUGACCCACCAACCUUUCGCUGCGUGGUGUCCUGCCUGCGUGGCUGGGCGUGCUAAGGCUUCACCACACAAGCCCCGCGAGGAAGCCAAGGACGGCCCCGACCUUGAGAAGGGGGCCAUGCCCGUGAUCCAGAUCGACUAUGGCUACACCUUUACCAGAAGGAGGAACCAGGAGACGGACGAAGGCGACUGUGAAGCGGAACCUGGCCCUGAGGAUGUUGACCUACAGGACCAAUAUGGGCUCACCCUCUUCGGUGUUGAGUCAACCACGGGCUGGCAGCUUGCAAUCCCUGUGCUGCAGAAAGGGGCUGGCGCCCUACGGCGUGUGACCGAGCAACUUGUGAGAGCAAGCAUGCAGAUCAGCCCGGCCGGCCCGGUGAUGUUCCAAGGCGACCCGGAGGCAAGCAUCAAGCAGAUCAUCAACUCCGUGGUGGCGUGCAGAAGCCGGCUGGGACUUCACACCCAGACCCGGCUUAUCCCAAGAGGGUCCCACGAGAGCAACGGGAUGGUGGAGCGCACCAUCCAAACGGUGCGGGCAAAUUCCCGCACUCUGCGGGCACACCUGGAGGAGAGAGCGAAGAUCAAGGUGGAGGGCCACACGCAUGUUUUCCCAUGGCUUAUGAGGCACGCGGCUUUUCUUUUGAAUCGGUUCUCGGUGCCGGUGCGUGGGAACCCGCCCUUUGAACUCGUCUACGGCAAGUGCUUCCAUGGCAGCCUGAUCCCCUUUGGUGAGCAGUGCCUAUAUCAUGCCCCAACCCGACACCGAGGUGACCUACAGUGGCUUAGGGGAAUCUAUGUCGGCCAGAGCGAAAGGAAUGGGGCAAGCAUUCUUUUGUCGGAGGCUGGAGCGGUGGAGGCUAGAAGCAUCAGACGUCUUCCAGCCGAGGAGCAAUGGGACGGGCCUGCUAUCCUUGCUUGCCGUGGACUUCCGUGGGACUACAUGGGGACAGCCAAGAGGAAGCGGCCCUUGUAUACGUCAGCAGCUCGUCCUCCCCUUCUUCCGGACACCGCUUCUUUGGAAGAGUUGGCCGAGGUUAUCGCAGCGGCAACGCCGCGACCCGGCAAUGAUGAAGCUGGGUCGGACUCCCCAGAAAGGCCCUCGACGCUGAAGGAGGACCAGGGGAGGCAGCCGCCGCGAGCGCAGAGCCAGCUGCAGAGAUGGACACAGGAGAAGCCCGAGGAAGCAGUGCACGCGAAGCUGCCCCGAAAGCUGAGCCAGUGCCUAAGAGGCCCCGGCUUCUACUCGACCGGGGUACGGCAUGUUCAUGGCGACAUCCCCUUGGAGGAGUGGAGCAACCACGAGGAUUGGAUCGAUGAGGUCGGUGAGGCUUUGGAGGCGGAUGUUGGAGAUGAUGUGUGGGAUGUUGACCCACCACCGGAGUGGGACCCUGAAGCCGAGAAGGCCCCUGAGCUCAGUGAGGAGGACCUGGCAAAAGUCGACAGGGCAUCUGACCUUGCAGAGGUGACCCGUUUGCAAAAGAUGGGAGUUCUUCGCGAGCCCAAGCCAGGAGAGAAAAUUGAGAGCUACACCCGGCUAACAACCAAGCUGGUGAGAGACUGGAGGCGCAGGCCGGGGUGGACAAGAAGGAGCCGUUUGGUUGCAAGGGAGUUCCGGGGAAACUCCCCAUACACUGCCGAACUCUUUGCCCCUGCUUCUACGUUGGGGACCACACAUGCCUUCUUGAUCUGGGCUAUCUCCCACAACCUCGAGGUUGUGAGCCUCGAUAUAAAAGAUGCGUAUCUCCAAGUGGACCAACCGAACCCGGCGGUGAUCAUGGUGGACAGUGGCAUCCUCAACGACGGGCGCGAGGGCUUGAUCCCUUUCAUCUUAGAGAAGUUGCUCCCGGGGCAAAGGAUCGGAGCCUCGGCAUGGUACGAUUUCGCAAAAUCCAUGCUGGAGGAAUGCAACAUGGAAAGCUUCGAUAAAGAGCCCACUCUCUUCAGGCACAUCAAUCACGACAACCGCACAGGCCUCAUACUACACGCCGACGAUGGACUUCUUGCUUCUACGGCAACAGAGCGUGAAAGGAUCCUUGGCAAAGUUGGGUCUCAGGUGACGGUGCAAACAAGUUUGCCAUUGAAGGACCCAGGGAGCGAGCUGGAGUUCCUAAAGAGGCGCUAUGUGAUGACCGAGGAGGGCAUUGUCGUGUACCCGAAAGAGAAGUAUGCUGAGGCCCUCUUCGCCGGCAUUGGAAAGAGCGCUAAGCUGAGGGAUGCCCCCUCGGGCGCAACGUUCCUGGAACCCGACAGCUCAAAGGACCUCGACGGCAACCAGGCUCGGGAGUACCGCGAGGCUGUCGGAAGGCUCCUCUACUUGAGCCACUCUCGGGCUGACAUCCAGUUCCCGGUCUGCGUGCUGAGCUCCAAGAUGGCGGCACCCACGGCCAUGGCCAUGAAGUGGCUCCAGCGGGUCAUCGGCUACCUCAAGAAGUUCCCUACUUUGGGAAUUUUGCUUCGGCCCGCUCGGGAUGGAGGCUGCUUUGGCUUCAAUGGUCGAGGUGGCCUGCAGUACGGCGAGCUUGUGAUCGAAUCGAUCACAGACGCGGACUGGGCAGGAUGCAAAAGGACACGCCGCAGCCGCACAUCCAUACAGCUUUUUGUUGGUGGAAGCAUGGUGGCGAGCUACGUCCGGAGCCAAAGAAGCAUUGCGCUCUCCAGCGGCGAGAGCGAGUUCAUCGCCAUGGUUGGCGGCUCCGGGGAGGCUUUGUAUGUGGCGGAGUGUGUGAGGUUCCUUGCUGAAGGAGCAAACGUGGAGGUGACCGUGAAGGCAAGGACCGACUCCGCGGCGUGCCGAGGAAUAGCGCAACGAGUCGGCUGCGGGCGCAUUCGGCAUAUCGACACAGGGCUCCUAUGGAUCCAGCAAGCUGUGAAAGCAAAGAAGCUCAGUGUGGGAGUUGUCCCGGGCUAUUGCAAUACAGCUGACCUGGGAACGAAGCCUCUUCAAGGACCCCGUAUCCGAGAGCUCCUUCACCUCAUGAGUGCUAAGGACGCCAACCUCGAGGAGUUCGGGAAGGAGGACUACGACCAGGCAUGCGCCAGGCGGGGUUUGGCCACUGCCUUGAAAGCUUACAAGUCGGAGACAGGCGGUGCCAGAGUGAGCAGAGUGAAGAAGGUCAUGCCCCUCUUGAUCUUAAUGUGCCAAGUGAUGGAGGCUGAGGGCUUGAGCUUUGGAGCCCCUCUUUUCGAUGAGGAGCUCUUGGCUAGCAUUCUGGUUGCGCUGGUGGUUGGGCUUCUUGUUCUGGGUGUGCCUUGGGUGCUGGUGACUGGCUUUUUCAGACUUUCUGGAUGGCUAGCAGGCUGGUGCAGGCAGGCCCACACGGCUACGGACCAAGAGACCCAAGCAAAGAUCACCACGCGAGAGGUCGGAGUGCAAGCCGAUCGGGGCAUAAGUCGCUCUGAGGAAAGGUUUCAAGAAGAGUACGUGCAGCGAGCUACGGAGCUUCGACAAGCUCUUGCUGAGAGGUGCAUGGAAGUGAGAAACUUCCAAGAUGAGGUCAUGAGACUGCGCGAUGAGCGCAGACUGCUCGAAAGGGAGCUUGUACAGGCCCGUGGCAGAGCUGUGCCACCUGAAAGGAUAGCUGUCACCACGGCGCGUGGUGAGCGGUACCACCUCCCGACGUGCGGUUUGGCCGCUGGAGCCGCCUUCAUAUGCAUCCGGCCAUCGCGCUUUGUGCUCAGCGCCAAUAUCGUGCUGAGCUGGCGUGCAUGCUUUAUCGUGCCUUCGAUUGCAGAAUAUGCCAUGUACCAGCCGGAACGUGUUUCGCCAGCGUCAGCUCGCCCAUUUCUUCCUGUGCACGACACAAUCGCCGCCAUCGCACUCGUCGCACAAGCCCGCGGGGACGAUCUCAGCCAGUCAGCCCCAUACCAGCGCCUGGUGGCGUGGGCGGCGUCUCGCGCCUCCGGCGCCGAGUCACUCAGCGUCAUGCUGCGCGUCCUCGCGGUGCUUGCGGAGGGCCACUACUUCCCAGCUGCUGUGCAAGAGGGGCUGCUCACCCUGUCACUGGGCCAACAAGGCGCAUCCUCGUUGGAAAGGGAUAUCCACGCGCUCCGGCAGCCUGGCGCGCUACCGAACCCUAUGCCCCUGCACAGCGCCCCGCCUGAGCUGCCUGCCCAUCCUAUGCACGCAGAGGCGCCUGUGCCGCAGGCCACGCCCGCAACCUCAACGCCAAGUGCUGGCACCCCGCGACCGCGGGUUGCGUUGACAGGUGAGCAAGGGGCCCAAGCAGCUGACGACUGCAUCGACGCAGCACCCCUUCCCACCGACGACAACGCUCCUGCCGGAGCUUCGCAGGGCGGCGCAGGCCACUCCGCCCUUGCUGGCAUCCCGGCUCUUGCGUGGUCCAGCCUCGAUGCUGUCGACCUCGCUGCCGAGUUCGGCACGCCCGUGCCUACCAUGCAGAGUGUCCCGGCCUUCCUGCGAGCGGGCGUGCGACAAGCCUUCGUUUUCGCCUUGCGAGCUCUACGAGAAGCGUACACGCGUGGCGCGGCCCUCCAGCAGACCCGCGCUUGGAAGCUGUUCCUGCUCUCCCCGCGGUUGCUGCUCCACCGCGCUCGCGAACCGGGCACGGUCGGACGCGAAGCCCUUCUGCAGCGCACGCGGGACUUCCUCGCUGGACGAUGGGAGGCUGCGUGUGCCCGGCGCCGGGAGCUUGCCUGUGCCAACGUACGGGCGGACGAGUGUGACAGGGCGGAACCGCCGCUGGCAGACAUGGUGGCGGACGCGCAUAUGCAUGGACUUCUGCAGCCAGGCAACCGUCAGGCCCUCACGGUGGCGUCGCAGUGUGCAGUGUGGCGCUUGGGCACCGUGCUGAUAUUGCCUGAUCUAGAAAAUGCAUUGUCGACUUUUGCGCCGCCCGGUUGGUGUAUUCACCUGGAGGGUCUGAUUGAGACAGGUGAUGUCAGCUCUAUCAUUGAAGGUCGCCCUGUGUACGCCUCCUUUGUGCCCCUUCCGAAUGAAAGAGCCGCCACUGCAGAUGAAGACCAGGACGAGAGUGAUGCGACCUCUGAUAUCAGCAUGAGUAUCGCUGAUGCUGCCCCAGUCACAGUUGAACUCUCUCCAAGAACCAGUGCUGAACUAACCACUGCGACAGAUAACCCCCCCCAGGAUCGCAGCCGCUCCCCCAGGGGACGCGUCAGGGACGGGGGUACCUUCUCAGCUGGUUUCAUUGUUCUCGCUCAGGAAUACGCUCCAGAACUUGUGCGCUUGGGGCUUGAAGCUGGACUUGAGGUCGCGGAAGUUCUGAAGCGAGUACAAGAUGGUCGGGUUCCCCAGGCCAGAGCCCGCUUCCCGCUAUUCCCGCUCCUUGUUGCCGCAGAGCCGCAGACCCUAGGGCAUCUAGGAGUGUUGUUGGCGUACCCGGAGUGGACCAACGAUGUCAGUAUUGUCUUUGAUUGCACCCUUGUUCAUGGAGGCGUUUUCAGCUGGAUAGUAUCGACAGUCCUUGACAGAGAGUCUAUCCUUGCCAUUGCCGGGGUGUCUCCGCCAGAGUUGUAUGAAGUUUACGUCCACAAUUCUGACACGCCUCUCCUUCCCAGACAAGAGUGCUUCUUACGACAGGGCAGCUGUGUUACGAUUGCCCCGGGAGCAAGCCAUGCCUACGUCUCGUCUUCCCUUCCCAGCAUGCUUGAGUCACCAGAUGGUUGGGAAGUCGUUGACACCUUACCCACAGCUCCGGGGGAAUGGGCAUAUGUCAUUGCUGAUGCUGGCCCUUUUAGUCUUAGCCAUCAAGCUGGGCGACGCCGAUUCCUGCAGACAGCUGUUGCACCUGAGUUGCAACUCCUGCCUGACUCGUUUGCCAUACAACUCGCAUGUCCCGACAUCCUCGACUACUAUGAUGCCGGGCGCCGCAUCCACACUGUCCUUGCGACAACGCAGAUGCAUCUUGUCGAUGCUGAUAGAAGCGAAACAGGCUGUAUCUACUUCCUUGAUUUCCGACCCAUCUACUGUGGCCUAACAUGGGCCUUUUCAGCUGAUCGUGUCGUCUCCAAGGAUCUUAUUCGAGAGCGUUCUGCACGGGCUCUACCGGCGGGUUUCCACCCGAUCGUCCGUGGCGGCAGAACUCUGAGCGACCCGGCUGGGUCUAUAGAAGUCCAUCCCGGCGAGGUUCUUGUUGUUGAGGUUGUGCAGCACGCUGGGCUCCCGGCCUCGGACGAAAAUGAUGACCCCGAUGUGGGUGAUAAGCCGGUUAGCAGUGAGGGGUCUGCUUUAGAUCAUGAUGAUGCACUGUCUUGCCAGCCAUCAGCGGAUGCACACCAGCCGUCUGCUGCCGCUGCUGAGCCCAACAGUGCCUCCCCAUCACACGAGCCUGCAGGCCAGCGCUCCAGUAUCUCUACCACAGCGCACCCACGUCAGCGGAUGGGGCAUCUCCUGUCUGCCUGCACCGAUCGAGGCAUCAUGUGUCUCACAGUCUCUACGCAACACGCUCUUCCUGAGAGCAAACUGUGGAGCACCUCUGUAUUCUCAGUCGGGAGGCAGUUUCAGAAUAGAUGCAAAAAGAGCGCCGCCUCCCCUCCUCCAGCGCCUCUGCGUCGGAGAUGCAAAUUGUUACAAGAGCCUGCUUCUGCUUCGUUUGCAGCAGAACGUAGCCUUGCUGCUGCACGCACUGCCACACGUGUCCUCGGCCAACGCUGGCCGUUUGACCCAGCAUGGAUGCCAGUGCUCCCCAUCCAAGAAGAGGAUGAUCCAGAAGAUCUAGAUGAGGCCCUACCAGGAGAUACUGUUGUAGAUGCGAUCUUCUGCAUCUUCACACCUGGAUAUAUUCCGGAGGUCUUGCCCCUUCAUCUGAUGAUACCCCAGCAUGUCCCAGAUGUGAUUGACUUGCUGAGCACCUGCCGCAACAGUGAACAAGCUCAUGCUUUUCCCACUUUGGUUGCGAUUUGGCCGCAGCCUCAACCAUCAUGGGGAGCAUUCGUUGCGAAGCCAACCUGGCUGCACCACCGUGCUGUAGUCUGCUUCGAUAUGGCAAGAUGGGACGGUCGCAUUUUCGCAAUCGACACGCCUGCUAUAGUUGACAAGUUCCAUCUGUUGCAAUGUGCCGGUUUGCAUUUGAACGCAGAGGUCGACAUCUUCCUCCCGGAUGCGAUCGAUCCAGUCCCAGCAGGCGGUGAUUUUCAGCUCCGCACGGGCAUGUGUCGUGUCUUUCUACCGCCUGGCAGAAUGCCCCCUCCAACUUUCGAGAUGUGGGAGCUCUUGCAGACUCCCCAGCAUUGGCAGCUUCGGCCGCAGCUACCCUUUGUCCAACCAGAUGAAUACUACCUUGUUGUGACAGAACAGGGAAAUCACGCUUUCCGCCUCCUUCCUGAGCGGUCUGUUUAUCUGCGGACAGACCUUGCUGUGCGCUUUGGUUUUGCCAUGCUCAACAUGUGCAUCCAGCCGGCCCAACCUCGCAGACAGGAUGCAAGCAUUUGUGGUCAUGGUUGCCGCAAUGUCGUUGUGCUUUCGCCACAAUCCCUCCAGGCAAACACGGAGGCCGAGAUAAUGUGUCUCAUUGAUGGCAGAGCACUGCUAAUUGGAUGGCUGCCACUGCGCACUGAAGGCGGGCACGUCAGCAUCACCUUCAUCCGGAUGUCGCUACAGCACUGUGUGCCUGAGGGCUGGGAAGCUGAGUUUCGAGAUGUGCCACGUCACUGGACCUGGUGGCUUGAGCCUGGCCAGACACUGGUUGUGACCCUGACCCGCAGAGAAAACACACCCCCUGACAUCCAUAGGGAUGGUAGGCCUCACAACCCUCAGCAAGAACCCAGGGGCCCGGACGGUUCACCUCCCCAAUCUAGGCCAUCUGCCAUGCCUGCGCCUAGUUCGGGCAACGGAGAUAGCCCACGUCAUAGGGCACGCAGUGAUGCAGGGCGGGAUCAUGCGUCAGCGAAUGAUGGCCGCGUUGUAUGUAUUGACGGCUGCAGGAAAUCUCUGUGUGCUUUCCUUGUUGCGAUUAGCAUCUUGAAUGCACUCUGCGGAUCCACUUGCGGCGGAUGGGCAGAGGAGGAGACACACUUCUCCAGGCCAUUCCAUGGCGCAGCUGCCCUAUUUCUUGCUAUAGGAGUGAGCCAGCGGCGCACGAGCCUUCUGGUUUUGUUGCUUGUUUUCGCGCUUGGCACUCACAGUGGUGCCGUGGCUGUUCAUGUCGCUGUUCCAGAUGCGACAAAUGACCUCGGUCAGGAGUGCCUACCCUGCAAUCUGCCUUACCGUAGCCGACCGCUGCCCACCCCUUGCCGGGCUAUGCUUACCCUUUCUGGCUCAUCGGCUCCUGAGCCUAACAGACCACGUAUCGACAUUGAAGCAGCGGCUCAUAGUACCGCGAGGGUUGCGCAUGGAGGUCCUAUGCCAGCUGAGGAAGAUGGUGUCUCCAUCACAGAUGUCGGCCCCACAUUGCUAGAGAUCUCCAUUCGGGAGGACGAUACUGUCCUCUGGGAGACCAGCACCUUGCUUGAGACGCUCCUAGAGCAUUUUCAGGAGACAUGCACUGUGCGGCCAGCCGCAGCCACCGCCCCAAGCCCUGCCCUGGACAGCUGUCCAAGGACAAUUUGUCUUGCUACUGCUGUUGCGCCUCCAUGCUAUGAUCUCACUGAGCAAUCUGUUCAACUGCCGCACAAGGACUGCCUUGUAGUCUCUGUCCUGACAUGCUGGCCUUGCACAUGGUAUGUUGAGUCACAUGCGGCCCUGUCUAUGCCGGCAGUGACUUCCCAGUACGUUCAGGAUUGGCCAGCAUGGACGCAACUGAGCUGCGCGCGUAACAAUGCAUCCCCCACUAGACUUCAGCUCUUUACCGACGGGUCCUGGUCACCAGACCGGAGUGUUGGCGGAUUUGCUGUAGUAAUUGUGGCUUGUGUUGGUGAGCAAUCGUGCAUUUUCGGUGCGGUCAGUGGGCAGACGCAUGGCGCCGCUGAUAAUCCAUGGCCCCUUGCUGAUGCCCCACCUGCACUUCGCAAUGAGGAAAUCGCCGUCGCGGUUGCCCUUCUGUGGCUUUUGCAAGGGGUUACGCUUUUUUCGUUUGAUGAGGUGGAGGUUUGGUUCGAUUGUUUUGCAGCCGGCAAGACGGCGAGCGGUGAAUGGACAGCCUCCACUCCUUUCGGCAAGCAGCUUCGCGACCUGCAGCUAUGGGCUGAGUCCCUGCUGCUAGGCAAGAUGCGCUAUUGUCAUGUCAAAGCGCACCAGGGUCACCCACUUAACGAAAUGGCCGACCAUAUUGCAAAGCUAGCUGCCGAUGGUGCCCGGCCAACAGUAUCCCCACCUAUCUGUGCCAUUGAGUCAUUCCUCAAACUCGAUGCGUCCUGGAUUUCAGCUGCCCUCCGCAAUAAUGGAAGUUCUGCCCUCCCUUUUUCAGCAACAGGCAACUCCAUGUGUUGGGCGAGCAACAUCGCUUUCAAGCCAUGCAAGUUGGAGCCGAUUGACAUUGUCCCGAUUAAUGAAACAAUGAUUGGUGAUGCGACCGAUCAUGUUGUUGAUCUCGCAGUCCGUGCUGCCACUGUUAACAUUCAGGGUUUGCAGGACAAGGCGCCUUACCUCGAGGCUCAAUUUGCUGAGCAGGGAUUGCAGAUCAUUUUCCUGCAAGAGACAAAGGCCCCAAGUGGGGUGUGCCAAUCGAAGCUAUACAUGAGGUUAUCUACCGAGCCCAAGCGACACUUCGGUGUGUCCAUCUGGAUAAGUAAGUCCUUCGGCAUUGCCACGCACAAUGGUAAGCCUCUUCCGGUCAGUGAGCACGAUCUGAGAAUCCACUUCGAGACGGAACGCUUGCUUGUCGUGGUUGCUACCGUUGCUGAUCUUCAGAUCACACUGUUCUCAGGCCAUUGCCCGCACAGCGGCCAGAGAGCAGAAGCUGCCAAAUUUGUCUCUUGCCUUAAAAAUGUUUUGUGUCCGCUCAGGCGCUCCUCCGCACUUAUAGGAGGUAUUGACCUGAACGGCCGCCCCCCGCGUGAUGUUACAGGCGUCACCGGCGGCCUCGAGUGCGGGGAAGCCGACGCUACUGGAAUUGAAUUUGCCCAGGUCCUGCAGGAUCUUCACGCCUGGCUCCCUUCAACAUACCAACGCCUGCAUACUGGCCCGUCGGAGGUUUGCAGUGAGGUCCUUAGGCAGGUUGACCUGGGCGCGGCCAGGGAUGAUCAUUUCCUAACGUCUUGUGCACUCCGGGGAGUCUUGGACCACCAUGGUCACCUCCGCAGACUCUGGCGACCGCGCUUUGAUGUUGAUAAAAUGCUCUCACCCGAGGGGCGGGAUAUCAUUGCCAGAGAGGCGAGUCAGUUCCAGUCUCCGAAUUGGGAUGUCCAUCCGGACGAACACUGCAGGCUGCUCACGAAGCACCUCCAGCAGAUUAUGCAGCGCCACUUCCAAUUCGCGACUCACCGCCCCCGAGCGUCUUUUAUUCCAGCAGCUGUAUGGGCUUGCCGCGAUGCAAAGCUCAACCUCAAGUAUCGCAGUCGUCACCGUGCCAAGCUCUGGUCCGACCUUGUUGUCAGGGCUUUCUGGCAAUGGAAAACGGCGGAGGAUCACUCGGUCUGUGAAGUAGUUGCACAUGAGGGCCUCUUCUAUCAGCUAAACGCGGCAGCUGUGCGUUUUGCGUCUUACCGCAUUCGAGGUGACAUACGAAGCGCAAAAACGGCAUUCCUGCAGAACCUUGUGUUGAAGGGUGGCGACACAGCUACUGACAUCCUCAGCACUGCGAAGAAAGCUGGAAUAGGAGGUGCGAAGCGCCGCAAGCCCUUCAAGCCUAUGCCGCAUCUGCUUGACAGUAGGGGCAACCUGGUUGGCACACGUGCCGAUAGAGACCAGGUAUGGCUUGAGCACUUUGGUCAACAGGAAUACGGCCGAGUGGUACCGGUCGAGCAAUUCCUCCGCCUGAGCCCUGAACCGCUGGUAAUCGAUUCUGAGCUUGAAUGGCACAGCCAGCAUUUGCCGUCGCUUCGUGACGUCGAAGAAGUCCUUAGGGGCUUGCCAAGGCACAAGGCGGCCGGCCUUGAUGCCGUGCCCGCGGAGCUUUUGCGUGCGUCCCCAGGCGGCCUUUUGUUUGAAGCUUGGAAGCAGAGUGGCACCCAGCGAGAGGCAGCAUCGUAUCGUUCAUUGUACGUCGCUUCUGUCGUGGGCAAAGCAUACCAUAAACUGCAGCGACGUACCAUACAGCCUGAGGUUGAAGCCACGCUCCACGAAUUCCAUAUGGGAGCACGCAAGGGCACACCGGUCGUCAUGCCGGCAUUGUAUGUGUUAGCGAGCCAACGUGCUGGUGAGGUGUUCGGCCACUCCUCUGCAGUGCUGUUUCUUGACACGCAUGCUGCAUACUAUCGCAUAGUCCGCGACCUCGCCCUUGGUUGUAUUUACGACGAUGCAGUCGUGGUCAGGCUGUUUGAGCACUUCUCCCUUGACGCAACUGAGUUGCAAGAGAUGAUGCAAGUUGUGUGCCAGGGCGGGACAUUCGCUGACAAUCGUGUCCCGGAUACCAUUCGGCAUGCGGCCAAAGACACGCAUCACUUUACCUGGUUUGUCACGCCGCAUACCAGUGGACGUUUCUUGUGCAAGACGGAAGCUGGCAGUCGCCCCGGUGAGUCAUGGGCGGACACCAUUUUCAGCUUUGUUUACUCUCGUGUUCUGGCGCGAAUAGCUGAAAUUGCUAGGGCUGAGAAUCUUCUCCCCGAGUUCCUGUUUGACGUUGAAACCGGACCCUUUGCCGCUCCGGGCGAGGGCGAGAGUAUCACGGGUCAGGACGCCACCUGGGCGGACGAUAGUGCGUGGCCACUGCUGGCCCCAGUGCCAGAGCAGUUGCUAGCCAAGGCCACGCGCCUUGCUUCUCUUGUGCUUGAGCAAUGUGCUGCGCACGGAAUGAAGCCGAACCUCGGACGAAACAAGACGGCUUUGAUGUAUGUCCUCCGGGGCAAAGGUGUAGUUCGGGCCACCCGUCAGUAUUUCAGUCAUGGCAAUGCCACACUACGGCUGCCCGAGCUUGACCGUGACUUGCCGGUUACCAACCAAUACAAGCAUCUAGGCGGUCUCAUUGAUCACCGCCUCAAGCUUAGUGCGGAGGCGCGACGCCGCCUAGCGAUGGCCAGUCAGGCAUUCGAUCAGGGAAAGGAGCUUUUGUACCUUAACCCUGCAAUUCCGCUUAGCACGAGGGCAGCGCUAAUGCAGAUAGCAGUCACUUCCACGUACCACAACCUUCCUAUUUGGAAUCCUGCUGGCCCCAGUUGGGCGAUGCUUGAUGGGGGAUACACUCGCCUUGUCAGGCGCUUGUUAAGUAAGGCCCUUCCAGGUGACCUCCUUUUCAGGUUACCAGCUGCUCUCGCGCACGUAGUCACGGGCUGCAUGCCAUUGCCCCUGCUCGCAAAGAAAGCCCGGCUCAGUUUGCUCUGCUCCAUGUGUACGGCUGGUCCCAAGGCGCUCUGGGCUGCCUUGCAAUCCGAGCAGACAUGGUUUGCCACCAUUCGAGCUGACCUUAAGUGGCUGGCAGACACAGUCCGGCAGGAAUGGCCGCUACUUGUAGGUGCUGCGUGGCCGCAAUGGCGUGAGCUCAUGGCAAACCGCACGGCCUGGUUCAAGCGCCAAGUGCGGACUGGUCUUCAGCAAGAGAUGGAGUACUUCGUCAAACGACAGGCUGUGUAUGCGGCGCUCUGGGCGCUGCAAAAGCAUGCGGGUGCUCUCCAUGCUCCCCCUGAUUUCUCGGAAGUUGGGAACGAUUGGGAUGAGGUGCAGAAGGCAGCACACCUUGAUUUGUGCGAGACCCUUCUGGAUCCGUCGCUGCCAAGUGAUCCUGAUCUCAUCAUCCUUCGGCUCCGCACUGCUCUUGGCCGCCACCCCCUCUUUGAGGAUGAAGCCAAAGACCUACUAGAGUUCGUCAUGCACGAAACCAGAGAGGUUCGAGGUCAACUCAUUGAUGAAGAGUGGACGCAUGACACCGUUGAGGCGGUUGAGGCUGCUUUUUCGAAGCUAUUGACCAAUGUCUGGGGGUCGGCUGUUGACCGGACAGCUGAGCCGUCUGCUCCCACAUCUUUCAAAGACCUCGAACAAGAGCUCUCCAAUAUCGACUGGGCUGCCCUGCGCCCUUCAGGUCCACCCCUUCACGUGACCCCUUCCGAUAGUCCAUAUGUGCUUGCUGAUACCUGGGAAGCUGAUUUGGUAGCAAGUUGCCGGGCUAUCGAUGCAUCAGCCGUGAAAGGACGGUUGUGGACCAUUGUACCACGAGCUCUGCGAGAAACGUGGCGUGAUAUCCAACAAGGAUCAUCGCCACAUCUCCAGGCGCCGAGGAGUUUCUGGCAAAGCCAACUCGCCGCGCUCUUUGCUCAUCUAUCCGGUCGUCACCUUGCAACCUAA